AUGAACCGGCUGUGCAACUCACUGGAGCCUAGAGUGAUGGACGAUGACAUGCUUAAGCUGGCUGUCGGGGAGCAGGGCCCACAGGAGGAGGCCGGGCAGCUGGCCAAGCAGGAGGGCAUCCUCUUUAAGGACGUCCUCUCCCUCCAGCUGGACUUCCAGAACAUCCUCCGCAUCGACAACCUCUGGCAGUUUGAGAGCCUGAGGAAGCUGCAGCUGGACAAUAACAUCAUUGAGAGGAUUGAGGGCCUGGAGAGCCUCACACAGCUGGUCUGGCUAGACCUGUCCUUCAACAACAUCGAGGCCAUCGAGGGGCUGGACACGCUGGUAAACCUUGAGGACCUGAGCUUGUUUAACAACCGGAUCUCCAAGAUUGACUCUCUGGAUGCCCUGGUCAAACUGCAGGUGCUGUCCCUGGGCAACAACCACAUUGGCAACAUGAUGAACAUCGUCUACCUGCGGCAGUUCAAGGACCUGCGAGCACUCAGCCUCUCUGGGAACCCCAUUGCCGAGGCAGAGGAUUACAAGAUGUUCGUCUGGGCCUACCUUCCUGACCUUGUGUACCUGGACUCCCGGCGUAUCGAUGACAACAUGGCAAGGCUGGCGGAGAUUAAGCACCAGUACAGCAUCGACGAGCUGAAGCACCGGGAGCACCUGAUUCAGGCCCGGCUGGAGGAGGAGCGGGCCCAACGCGAGGAGCUGGAGGAACACAAGGCUGCGUUCGUGGAGUACCUGAACGGCUCCUUCCUGUUUGACAGCAUGUAUGCCGAGGACGUGGAGGGCAACAAGCUGGCCUACCUGCACGGUGUCGGCGAGCUCCUCGUAACCUACAAGGACAAAUUUGUCAUCAUCUGCCUGAACAUUUUCGAGUAUGGACUGAAGCAGCAGGAAAAGCGGAAAGCGGAGCUUCACACCUUCAAGGAAUGUGUCCACGAGGCUAUCCAGGAAAACCAGGAGCAGGGCAAACAGAGGAUUGCCAAGUUUGAGGAGAAGCACUUGCUGAGCCUGAGCGCCAUCCGAGAGGAGUCCGACCUGGCCAGCAUGGAGGUGAAGAUAGUGGAAUACAGUGAGGACAUCACUGAGCUGUCCAAUGUGCUCAUGACACUGGAGAUGCAGCUGGUAGAGCAGCUGGAGGAGACUAUAAACAUGUUUGAAAGGAACAUCAUCGACUUGGUAGGGCUCUUUAUUGAAAACGUCCAAAGCCUAAUGGCUCAGUGCCGGGACCUGGAGAACCACCACCACGAGAAGCUCCUGGAGAUCUCCAUCAACACCCUUGAGAAGAUGGUCAAGGGCGAGCUUGAUGAGGACCUGCCUGACGACGUUCGCGCGCUUUUUGUGGACAAAGACACACUUGUGAAUGCUGUGGGGGCCUCCCAUGACGUCCACCUCCUCAAGAUUGACAACCGAGAAGAUGAGCUGGUGACCAGGGUCAACUCUUGGUGCACACAUUUAGUGGACAAGGUGAGUAGAUAUAACCAGCAGGCUGCACCAACACCUCUAGCUACCAGCCAGGAAGAAACAAGGCCUCUCCCCUAGUACAUACGUUUGCAAGAAGAAAUGAAGAAAGUAGUAAAGUUAAGGACUGUAGAACUCUACACUAAAGACUUCCUGUUGGCCACUUAGAUUCUAAAGCCCAUGUGCUUCAUCAUUUUUUUAACUCUCACCUCAA